AAACCCGUAUUUUGAAGCUUCAGCUUCUGAACAGACAGAGACGGGAAGGGAAGAUGGAGGUUACACAGAUGGAUGUGGAAGAACCACACCCCAAUGCUCUUACCAAUUCAAAUAACUUCAACCGAUUUGCACUCAAGAACAGCAUCCAGACUAACUUCAGAGACCACUACGUCUUUCAAAUCGUUCCCAGGGAUGACUGGACGUCGAUGGCUGUGUCUCUGUCGACCAACGCUGUAAAGCUCUAUUCACCGCAGACAUGUCAAUACUUUGGGGAGUGCAAAGGCCAUUCUUCGACUAUCAAUCAGAUAUCCUUCUCUGCUCCAUCAUUGACUCCGCAUAUCUUGCACUCGUGCUCUUCUGACGGUACCAUCAGAGCUUGGGAUACUAGAUCAUACCAGCAGGUGUCUUGUUUAAAUGCUGGUUCUUCAGAAGAGGUAUUCUGUUUCUCGUUUGGAGGGCCCGGUGAUAAUCUUCUUGCCGCUGGGUGCAAGUCUCAGAUAUUAUUCUGGGAUUGGAGAACCAAGAAGCAGAUUGCCUGCUUGGAGGAAUCUCACAUGGAAGAUGUUACUCAGGUUCACUUUGUUCCUUCCCAUCAAAACAAGCUUCUAACUGCUUCCGUAGAUGGGCUAAUGUGUAUCUUUGAUACUGGUGGAAACAUCGAUGAUGAUGAUCACCUGGAGUCAGUGAUUAACGUGGGCACUUCUAUUGGAAAAGUGGGGUUCUUUGGAGAAGCAAGCCAAAAGCUCUGGUGUUUGACGCAUAUUGAGACCUUAAGCAUAUGGGACUGGAAAGAUGCAAGAGUUGAGGUGAACUUUGAGAAUGCCCGUUCCUUGGCUUCUGACAGAUGGUCAUUAGAUCAUGUUGAUUAUUUUGUUGAUUGCUAUUGCCCGGGGGAUGAUCGCUUAUGGCUAAUUGGCGGAACAAGUGCUGGCACCUUGGGCUACUUCCCUGUGAAUUUCAGAGGACCAGGAGCGAUUGGAUCUCCAGAAGCUGUUCUCCAAGGCGGUCACACAAGUAUUGUAAGAAGCGUAUUGCCUAUGUUAGGCAUGCCGGGUGGUGCAACCCAUAAUCGAGGCAUCUUCGCGUGGACGGGCGGCGAGGAUGGCCGUCUAUGUUGUUGGUCGUCUGAUGAAUCAUCGUCCGAUGCUAGUCGUUCUUGGAUUUCAAGCGAACUAGUCAUUAAGCCGCGCAAAACUCGCAGGAAAAGCAGGCAUCAUCCCUACUAGCGACCUUGAUGCUUACCCGUUGAUGUUUUCUGUUUCAAUUGCAGUUGAGCUAUUUUGGUGCGUUAUUUGUACAAUACAUGUAACGAUUGAAGAUGAAAUGUUUCACGUAAGGAAUAUGGUAAAUCAAGCAUCACCAAAACUCGUUCCAUGUGUUUAGAAGACAUCUUAAGAUUACGUGGUGUUAUUCAAAUAAAAUAUAAGACUUGUUUUUCAA